AUGGCGCCCCAAUCACGGCGCCAACUUGGCGAUCGCGUCUAUGUGCUAGGCGUGGGCAUGUCGCCUUUCCUCAAGCCAAAUCCCAAGAGAGAUUAUCCCCAGAUGGGCCUUGAGGCUGGCACAAAAGCCCUUCUAGAUGCUGGAAUCACUUACGACGAAGUUGAACAGGGCUUUGCCUGCUAUGCCUAUGGCGACUCGACUUCGGGCCAGAGAGUCUUCUACCAGUUCGGUAUGACCGGUAUCCCGAUUAUCAACGUCAACAAUGCCUGCACGACUGGCUCGUCAGGUCUUUAUCUUGCUCGCCAAUCCCUCAGCCUGGGUGGCGCAGAUAUCGCUUUGGUCAUUGGUUUUGAAAAAUGA